GUUAUAGUGGGGGUUCAGUAUGUAUUAUACAGGUGAACGGGGGUCUGUCUCUGGGACGUACUUUCUUGAGACACCGCCGAAAAAGCAGCAGAAGCAAACAGAAGAGGCUCACAUUAAUAUUCUGAUAGUCUCAUUUAAGAAUACUGAAGAGCCAACAUGACAGUCUUAUAUAAGAAAGGCUUAGUCGUGUUCUGUAUUUUCGUGGGAUUACUCAGCCUUGGUUUAGCGCAAGGCGGGUUCACAUACGUCUCCUUCAAGAAGGAUCCAUCGAAGAGGCUUGCUAUCGCAAACGCUACACGACACAUGGUAAAGCGACUCGGGGAGUGUACGAAGAAAUGCAUUUUAGAUACCAAGUGUGUGUCGUUUAACUUUGAAAACAAGCUUUCAACUGGACUUGCUGAUAUCAUAUGCGAGCUUCUUAACACAGACAAGUACUUUUCCUCGACCCUGCUGAAAGAUGAUGAAAGUUUCGACUACUUUUACCCUCAGAACAAAUGCUUGAAGUCGCCACCAUGUCACAGCACAUCCUCAUGUCGCCCGCUGUACGAUCAGGACGAUUACUACUGCGCAUGCCCAAUAAACAGGAGCGGGAAACACUGCGAAACAGUUCUGACGCCUUGUCAGUACACUGUUUGCCAAAAUGGCGGUACCUGCUCGGAGAUAGACAGUACAAGAGCUUACUGUAGCUGCCCGCCGGGAUGGACUGGGUCGCGCUGCGAAGUGCCACGUCCAUGUGACCUGGUCACGUGUCAGCACGGAGGCACGUGCACAUCUAGUGGCAGUACCGCAACGUGCAACUGUAUCAGGGGGUGGACUGGGACCUAUUGUAACGAGUGCAAAAGCGGCAAGGUAACAACCAACGUCGGGUGUUGCGCAUUUCCCUUUUCUUUCGACUGGAGAGAUUACCACGCUUGCACUACAGACGGCUCAAAUAUAUUUACCCCUUACUUCUGGUGCUCAUUCCAACAUAACUAUGUGAACAAUGAUGCACAUUGGGGCCACUGUUAGGCCCAUGACUAUGACCGAUGUUCUCACAUGGAGCUUCUGAUAGGCCUAAUUCUGACUUACAAUGAUCUAGUUCGCCUAAGCUAGAGCAUUAAUGCACCGGCACGUCUAUUUUGAUGGCGUUAUGACGCUUUUUAUACAAUCCUUAAUCAGAUAGCCUAGCUUAACAGCUUAACAACAAACAACUUUAAAAAGUUUUUUUUAAUUUCCAUAUCAAUUCACAAAGAUAUCAAGUGAAUAUGUUCUAAUUUGCAAAAAAGGGUUUUUUUAAGAAAUAAACCUUUUUUUAGAAAAUGUUGCACAUGCCAAUGAAUGGUAAAAAUUAAAUGUUCAAAAAAGGGUGGCGGUCUUCUUGUACCUCGGUGUUUAAACAGAGACGUUAACCUCACGCCCUUCCCCCAAGUGGCCUUCAUUAACCCGUCAAACAAACAAAGUGUGAUUGUCAAAGAUUGAGACUCAGGACACAAAUAAGAUAACAGUGGAAUUGGAUUGCAAUAAAGUAUUAUACGCAGGGGCGGAUCUAGCUUUUCGCAAAAGGUUGGAUUUGGCUCAAUGACAAAAGGGGGGAUUUGGCUCAGUGACAAAAGGGGGGAUUUGGCUCAAUGACAAAAGGGGGGGAUUUGGCUCAGUGACAAAAGGGGGGGUUUGGCUCAGUGACAAAGGGAGUGGAAGUAUCUUUUUGUUCGUUUUUUAUGGCUUUCUGGGAGCCCCAAGGGGGGUUUAAUUCCCCUAUAACCCCCCCAGAUCCGCUACUAAUAUGCUAAAGUGUUGUUCACAGGCUAAUGUAAAUCACUCUAUAGCCAUCACUAUGUGAUCAGCUCCCGUUACUGCAAUGAGCUCCGCUGACAGGCACGCAGGCGCGUGCCACCACCGGUCACCUAAACACAGUAUUUGAUUCCUUUUCACCGUAAGUUUGUUUGCAUAUGCUAUCAUUGUGCCACCCUCUAGCUAAGCAAUAACGAUAUAGAAUGAGUCCGUAUGAUUCUUGCAUGCUCAUACCGGCAAUUUGCAUGAGAUUUUGUGAAAUGCGUAAUAAAAUUGGAAAAUGGA